AUGGCAUCAACCUCAGCUAAAGAUGGGGACAAGUCGAAACCCAAGCCGAGUGCGCUGCGCUCAAUAAUAGCUGGCUCGACAGCUGGGGCGGUCGAGAUUGCUAUAACAUACCCCUUUGAUCUCCUCAAGACAAGGUCGCAGCUCAACCGCCGAUUACCAGACUCCCAAAAACUCCCGUGGCCUCCCUUCCCCUCGAAAGAAUGGUACACUGGGUGCACGACUGCGAUCAUAGGGAAUUCGGUCAAGGCAGGCGUCCGAUUCCUUGCUUUUGACACAUAUAAGCAUCUGCUGUCAGACGAUGAUGGUCAAAUAUCUGGGCCGCGAACCGUCGCCGCGGGGUUUGGUGCUGGAGUCACAGAAUCAUUACUGGCAGUAACCCCGUCAGAGUCGAUAAAAACACAACUGGUGGACGACAGGAAACGGGCGCAGCCAAGAAUGCGUGGCUUCAUCCAUGGUUCCAUGGUCAUCGCCCGGGAAAAAGGCAUCAGAGGCUUUUUUCAAGGAUUCGUACCCACGACAGCACGACAAGCCGCCAACAGUGCGGUCCGAUUCAGUACCUACACGAGCCUCAAGCAAUUCGCCGAGGGCUAUGUUGCACCGGGGGAAAAGCUGGGAUCUCUGACAACUUUCGCCCUGGGAGGUAUCGCUGGCAUCGUCACCGUCUACACCACCAUGCCUCUUGAUACAGUCAAAACCCGGAUGCAGAGUUUGGAGGCGAGGCAAGUAUACAAGAACACAUUUCACUGCGCCGCGUCAAUCUAUAAGAACGAAGGCAUACUAACCUUUUGGUCUGGUGCACUACCACGACUGGGCCGUCUCACUCUGAGUGGCGGUAUUGUCUUUACGAUGUAUGAAAAAACGAUGCAGCUCCUAGACGUCGCAGAUCCCGACAGAAAGUACAUUUAA